GAUGCGCUUCCCCUGCACAGCCCUCUGUCUCUGCUCCACUCAGGAGCUGUCAGUCUCCAGGAUGCUGCUGCUGCUGCUGCUGCCGCCGCCCCUGCGGUGGGCAGGGUCUCUGGCUCAUUCUCCGGGAUACCAGCUGACAGCGCCCAAGUCCGUGCUGGUGCAGGAGGGACACAGCGUCUUCAUACCCUGCAGAGUCUACUACCCCUGGAGGUUCUGGAGCAACUUUCCCCCGGCCUGGGGCUCCUGGUUCAAGAAGGAGGCUCGUUAUGACCGGGAUCCUCCAGGGGCCACAAAUCACCCAUCCCGUGAAGCGCUGAAAGAGACCGAGGGCCGGUUCCACCUCCUCGGAGACCCCAGGUCCUACAACUGCUCCCUGCGCAUCAAAGACGCAAGGAAAGAGGACACAGGAGUCUACUUCUUCAGGGUGGAGAGAGGGUAUGAUGUGAAAUACAACUACAGAUGGGACCACCUCUGUGUGUUUGUGACGGAGACCCCUGACGUCCACAUCGCGGGGACCCUGGAGUCUGGCCUCCCUGGGAACAUAACCUGUGCAGUGCCGUGGCCUUGUGAGCAGGGGACGCCGCCCGCCUUCUCCUGGACUGGGGCGAACCUCACGUCUACCCUGGGCCCCGAGACUCCCCGCUCUUCCGUGCUCACCAUCACCCCAGAGCCUCGUCACCACGGCAGCAACCUCACCUGCAGAGUGACCUUCCCUGGGGUCAGUGUGGCCGUGGAGAGGACCGUGCAGCUCAUAGUGGCCUAUGCUCCACGGAACCUGACCAUCCAGGUGUUCCAGAGAAAUAGCACAGGACUUACAGCCCUGGCUGAGGGUUCAUUAUUCCACGUGCAAGAGGGCCAGGCCCUGCGCUUGGUGUGUGUCGCAGACAGCAACCCCCCUGCCGAGCUGAGCUGGACCUGGGGCAGCCUGGCCUUGCAGCCGUCACUGCGCCCAGGCAGUGGGGUUCUGGAGCUGCCUCGGGUGGAACUGGAGGAUGAUGGGAAAUACACCUGCAGGGCUCAGCACCGGCUGGGCUCUCUGACAGCCUCUGUGAGCCUCUUUGUGAAGGGCCCACUACAGCUGCUGGGCCCCUGGUGCUCCUGGGAGGCUGAGGGUCUGGGCUGCAGCUGCUCCUCCCGGGCCCGGCCUGCUCCGUCCCUGCACUGGCGGCUCGGGGAGGAGCUGCUGGAGGGGAACAGCAGCAACGCCUCCUUCACGGUCACCUCCAGCCGGGCUGGGCCCUGGGCCAACAGCUCCCUGAGCCUCCACGGGGGGCUGAGCUCCGGCCUCAGGCUCAGCUGCGAGGCCGGUAAUGCCCACGAGACCCAGAGCACCACUGUCCUGCUGCUGCCAGAGCAACCAGGACCCAGGACAGGCGCGGUUCGGGGAGCCCUUGGGGGAGCCGGUGUUGUGGUCCUGCUCGCUGUCUGUCUCUGUCUCGUCUUCCUCACGGUGAAGAGCUACAGGAGGAACUUGGCAGAAAAAGGAGCACGCAGGGAUGGCACCCGUCCUGCGAUGAGCACCGGCUCCCUGGGUCAUCACGGUCCCCUGAACGCGUCGGAGGCAGCCAGUGCCCCAGCCCAACCGGCCUCUGACACAGGGGAGGAGCAGGAGCUCCACUACGCCUCCCUCAGCUUACAAGGGCUGAAGCCCCGUGAGGCCCCGGACCAGGACUCCAGCGCCACGGAGUACGCGGCGAUCAGGAUCCGGAAGUGACGCCCUCGUCCCGCCCCGCCUCUGGCCCGAGCCCUGCGGAGGCCUGGACGGCGAAGGCGUGUGUCAGAGCAGGGGCUACAAGUGAGCAGCCCUCUGGAUCAGGGCUGAGGUGGGGAGGGAGAGCUCCUUGCAGUGGCUGAAGGUCACUUGGUAAUGACCUUCAAGUCCUUUGGAAGGUCACAGCCAGACUCUGCUACCUCAGGCAAGUCUCUACCUCCCCGUGCCUCCACUUCGCCCCCUGUAAAAUACAGGUAAUAUUAUUAGUAUACGAAGUAAAAA